AUGAAGAAAGUUCAAGAAGAAAUUAGGACUUUGGGAGGUAAGAAAGAAUUUCUAGAAGAAGAUGACGUUCAAAAGUUUCCUUACUUCAAAGCUGUGAUAAAAGAGACACUGAGACUGCAUCUACCAGCACCAUUGCUUGUGCCAAGAGAAACAAGUGAAUCAUGUACGAUAGAUGGUUAUGAAAUUCCAGCGAAGACAAUAGUGUACGUGAAUGCUUGGGCCAUACAUAGAGACCCUAAGGCUUGGAAAGACCCACAUGAGUUUAUACCGGAGAGGUUCUUAGAUAGUACUAUAGAUUUUGGAGGGCAAGAUUUUGAGUUCAUUCCAUUUGGUGCUGGUCGUAGAAUUUGCCCUGGCAUACCAAUGACAAUUGCUUCAUUGGAUCUUAUUCUUGCUAAUCUUCUGAAUUCGUUUGAUUGGGAGUUGCCAGCAGGAAUGAAAAAAGAAGACAUUGAUACUGAAAUGCUGCCAGGGUUUACUCAGCAUAAGAAGAAUCCACUGUCUGUUUUGGCCAAGCCUCCGAUGAGGGAUAAAACACCUACUUUCAAGUCGCCUAGGCUUCAGGCCUAG